GAACCAUGGAGGAGGAGAGUGAAGAACAGGUCGGUCUGGUCCUCCUGCACAGGGCUGAUACCUGGGCGGCGGCUCACCUGUUACCCUGCCUGGGAGGAGCCAGUGGCGUUGAGCCCCAAAUAUGGACUGGUGUGUCACACUGCCGCUGUGUCUGUUUGAGGAGGACCAGAGGAAGAGGAGAGACGCAGAGUGAGGAAGACAGCAGUGAAGAAGGAGUACGACUGAGAGGGAGACACUUCCUCUCCACCUCCAAGAUGUCCAAGAUGUUUAAGUCAAAGGACACGAAGAGCUCCAGCAAGAUGAGCAGGUCUCAGUCCAUCAAUGCAAAUAAGCUGGUUACAAGUAUGCAGAUUGACUCUGACAAAGUGGUGGAACAUGUCCUCCAGGCUGAAAAACUGCUGAAAGUGGAUAUUGAAAAUGACAAGAAAGAGAAAGAAUUUGAGCACCAGGCUGAGAUCAAUUAUAUAUUGGGCAUUGCAGAGGGACGGCUAGAGAAUCUCUUCCUGGACAUUGGCAAACUCAGGGACAUGAACUACCCUCCCAUUGCAGAUGUUGAGAAAGACAUUCACGAACUACACAAGCGAUGGUCAGCAGUCACAGCUAAAUAUGUAGAGCUCUAUGAGCAAAUUGAAGACGUGUCUCGGAUGCCCAUAAUUAACUGGGAGCCUGUUUUCGCCCAGAAGGAAAGAGCGCUGAGCUCAGAGGAGUAUGGCCCAACGCUGGCGGACCUGGAGAAGCAGAUCGCUGCUCAGAACAUCUUGCAUAAAGAGCUGGAGGCUUACAACUCACAGCUCUGCGUCAGCUCUGCUGGCAGCAAGGAGAAACUCGCGCCACUGAAAAGGCAAUAUAACACUAUGCUGGAAAAAUCCAAGUUACGCAGCCAGUAUCUGACCAGCCUCUACCAGCACAUGAGGGACUGCAACAAGGAGAUGACCUUCCUGGGAGAAGAGCAGGAAAAGAUCAAGAAGCAGGACUGGAGCGAUCAAAUGGUGGACCCUACUAGUGUUCGCCUGCAGUAUGAGAACUUCAAGAACAAAGAGCUUUUGGAUCACGAGGGCAAAGUGAACAGACUCGAGGAUGAGGGUGAAACGUACAUUUCCCUGAAACACCCAGCCAGCCACCUAAUAGAGGCCCAUAGCAGAGCUGUGAAAAUCGAGUGGCAGAAGUUCCUGAAUCUCUGCAUAUGUCAAGAAGUACAUCUGCAAAAUAUACAGGAAUUCAAUAAGUACGAAAAUGACACUCAGAAGAUGUCAGAGACGUUGAGUCAACUCAGUAGCACCACGAGUCCAGAGUCUCUAAAGACGAAGAGCAACAUCGAGUCGCUGCUGCAGCUUCAGUUGGAGGAAAAUACUGUCCACACCGCGGAGCAGCAGCUGGCCGACCUGAGGCGAAAGAGUACAACUGUUCCUCCUCUGAAGCUGCGCCGCACUCCCACCAACAAACCCAUCACAGUGGUGUCCCUGUGCGACUGGGAGACUGACGAGGGCUCUAUUUCAAGAGGGGAAAAAUUCACCCUGAAAUCCUUCUCCGACAACAACAACUGGAAAGUUAUUUCUUCUGAUGGAACAACUAAAACCUUCCCUGGAGUUUGCUUCAUUAUCCCACCUCCCAACCCAGAUGCCAUUUAUUUUGUUGACCUUUUGGGCAAGGAGCUUGAAGAAACCAAGAGAAGGAGAGCAGCUCUGGCAGCGUCCCUGAAGAAUAAUAAACCAGAAAUCUCUCAAGCUCUACAGUCAGUUCCAGUUUCUUCAGCUCCUCAAGACCCCAAACUGGCAGCUGUGGCUCAGCAGCUGAACCAGCUGGACUCCGACCUGGCCGACACGGAGCAGGGCCUGCUGAGCCGCCUGCGAACCCCGGUGAGCUGCACCGACCCGACCGGAGAUCUGGCCAAGAAGCUGAGAGAGCAGGAGCAAGCUGCCAAGACGCUGAACGCUCUGGAGCAGCAGAAACAGACAGCCCAGGCCAACCUGCAGCCUUUGCUGUCCAAAGAUCCCAACGGCACGUCUUCUGGACUCCCGCAGAAACUCAGCGCCGCCAAUGACAAGUACGACAACCUGGCCAGCCUGGCGGAUCUCUACAAUAAGAAAGCAAAUGCGUCUCUCAACCUGGAGAAUCAAAUACAGAAGGUCGACGGCCUUGUGUCUGGAUUCGAGAGAAACCUGAGUGCAGAUGGUCCAAUUCCUGACAUACCAAAUGCAAUUCAAACCAGAGCUGAGGACAUUCAGCGCCAGCGGCGGUCUGUGGUAGCUGCCCAGGAUGACAUGAUUAAGCUGAAUCGGGAUUUGGAGGCGACUGAGAGGUUGUGCAGCUCCCUGCAGAAAAACCACCAGGAGUACUGCCCUGACAUCCUGCGCCAGAGGAACGACGUCAAACAGCUGCAGAGUCGCUACACAAAUGUCACCAACCAGCUGAAGGAAAGGGAAAAUGUGCUACAAGAAGCUUCAGUUAAGCACAAGGACUUCCAGAACACAUGCCAAUCCCUCAACUCCUUCCUGGACAACCUGCCGACAAAUCAGACAAACUCCAGCGAUGAUCUGUCCCAGCUCACUGCCAAGCAGAGCUCCCAAAAGCGAGUGGUGGAUGACCUGAAGCGGAAGGAAGAGGACAUGGAAAGAGUGGCUGACCUCUCUCUAGACCUGCAGACUCUACUCAAUGAGUAUGAGGCUGAUGUUGACAAAUACAACGGUACACUUGAACAAGCUGGCGCAACCGUUCCAAAGAAGACCCAAAUGCUCACACUCUGUGACGCUGCCAACAAAGAGGAAAGAAAUCUGACAAAACGUUAUGCCGAAGCAACAUCGGAAAACAUCCAGCGGCAAAAACAGAUGGACUUGGCAAAGAAUUUAAUUUCACAGAGUGAAGAAAAAGUUCAAAUGGUGGCACAGCAACAGGUGCAGCUUGAAAACCAGCAAAAAAAUGCCUUUGAAUUAGACAGUCUGUUUAAAGAACUAGACGAAGAGAAGGAGAGAACGACCGUUGCUCAGGCACAGCUAAAAACCUUCAAAACCAGAAUGAUGUCACUUAAGAGCCGCAGAGGAGUGGAACGUGUUGAGGAGAAAGAAGUACUGCAAUACUACCGGGAUCCUAAACUGGAAGCUGAUCUGGCUGAAUUGAGUAACAUUCUCAAUCAAGAGGCCCUGAAGCGGACCACCGUCCAGGCAGAGGUUGAAAUCUUAAACAAGAAAAUCACCGUCCUGGAGGAAACCAUUAACAACAAAACCCCUAAACUGCUAACUAGAGAGGUGACUGAGUUUGAAAAAGAUCCACAGCUGGACGUAGAGGCUGCAAAGAUAAGAGAUGAGAUGGCAAGGAUGAGAGAUGAGAUCAGAGUAAAAGAUGGAGAGCAGAUCCAAAUGAAGACAGAAGUUUCUAUCCUCCAGCAGAAGAGACCAACUAUCAAGGAGAGAGUGGUUAAGAAGGAAGUAGUUAAAGUAGAACAAAAUCCACAGAUGUUGAAAGAAUUAAAAAUAUUUGAGACUGACAUUUCUGAUGAGAACAACAAGUGCAAGCUCCUCAAUGAUGAAAUCUUUCAGACAAGAAGUCAAAUCAAUGCGCUUGAAAGAAUGAUCCCCAACAUUCAGCCUAAAGUCAUUGUUAAGGAGAUUAAAAAGAUUGAGGAAGACCCUGACCUCAUUACAGAGUCAGCUAAGCUGCGAACAGUUGUGGAGGAGGAGAGAGUUGGAAAUAGCUCUUUGUCCCAAGAAGUGAUCGAGCUACACAAGCGUUACAGAGAAGUUCAAGACUGGAAGCCAAGAAUUGAGAUAAAAGAAAUUGUAAAUGAGAUAUACCGGAUUGACCCGACUACUGAGGUAGAAAUUGUGCGCCUCCGCAAAGAAAUACAGGAUUCGAAUAAACAACGUACCGAUCUGGAAAAGGAGAUCAGGCAGGUCAACACUGAUCUGAAUACCCUUUGUUCAGAGAAACCCAAAGUAGAAUUCAAAGAGGUUACCCAAGAGGUGGUGAAAGAAGAAAGAAGCCCUGAAAACGAGCGAGAGAUCCAGAGGUUAAAUGAUCAGGUGAACCGCCUAGACAGCCAGUGCACCUCUCUUGAAGACCAGGUUAGACAGCUGCAGAAAGAAAGAGAUGAAUGGAAGGCAGAAAAGUCCAAGAUAGAGACCCAACUGGUCAACAGAGAAUUAAUAAAGUAUGAGCCUGAUCCACUGCUGGAGAAGGAAGCAGAACGAUUGCGAAAAAAAGUGCGGGAUGAAGCACAGCUGAGGCGAAGCAUUGAGGAGAUGGUUUUUGACCUUCAAAACAAAUUCCUCCUUUUGGAGAGACAGAAACCUGAAGAGAAAGUUGUGGUGCAGGAGGUUGUACGACUUCAAAAGGAUCCAAGGCAAUCAAUGGAGCAUGACAGGCUGAGCAGGAACCUGGAUGAAGAAGUAACAAGACGCCGUCAGCUGGAUCUGGAGUUACAGCAACUAAGAACGAAGUUGGAAGACAAGGAGCGCAUCAUCAGAGAGAGUGAUGAGCACCAAAAAAGGAUCCAAGCUGAAUCUGAACUCAGAGAGAUCCGACUACGCAUCACACAACUGGAAAAUGCCCCACCUCCUGUUGAAGAGAGCAUAGUGGUUGAGGAAGUGCUGAAGGUAGAAAGAGAUCCAAAACUGGAAAGGAUGACAAGUGGUUUACGCUCUGACGUGGACAAGGAAACCCAUGAUAUCCUACGUAUCCAGAGGGAAAUUCGUAGUCUCACUAUAAAGCUUGAGAUUCUGCAGAAAGAGAAGUCAGGUGAAAAGACGGUGUAUAAGGAGGUUGUUCGCGUGGAGAAAGACCAGGCUGUUGAAGCUGAGCAACGCCGUCUGAGGGAGCAGGUGUCUCAGAACAGAUUUGCCAGACAAGACUUGGAGGAUGAAAUCAGGCGUCUCAAUGACAAAAUCAAUUUCUUGAUGAGCACCAAAUCUAACAAUUCAAGAGAAGUGACAAGUCUUAAUGUGAACAAAGAUGCUCUAGUAAGGGAAAAUGACAACCUCACUCGAGAACUUAGAACUCUUGAAGGAAAGAAACACGACACAAGCCUUUCUUUCCAGCAACAGACUCGACUGAUGACUGAAAGAACACAGAUGAACAGGCAGAAGAGCAUUAAGAUGGAGUCAGAUGUCCAGCGACUGGAAAGGCAGAUCUUGGACGAGAAAGACAAGAUUCAUGAACGAGACAGCACAAUUCGUGAGAUUCUGAUGUACCUGCAGAAAGAGGAACAGGCGGAAACAAGAACCAAAGAAACCAAUGUCUCGACCAAAAUCACCAUUUUGGAUCCAGAAACUGGUAAAGACAUGUCUCCUUACAAUGCUUACCUUGGGGGCCUCAUUGAUCGCCAGCAGUACAUUCAUCUGCAGGAGCUAGAAUGUGACUGGGAAGAGAUAACGUCCAUGGGUCCUGAUGGAGAAACAUCUGUCCUGCAGGAUUGCAAGAGUGGGAAGCAGUAUCCUAUUGAAAAUGCUAUCAAGGAAGGAAGGCUAACAAAAUAUGAUCUGCAACAAUACAAACAAGGCAAACUUCCCAUCUCAGAAUUUGCCCUUCUUGUUGCAGGUGACAUAACCAAGCAACCCAAACUCACCUCAGUCACCGAAACACAGCCAAUUGCUGGAAUAAUGGAUACAUAUACAGGCACCUGCUUUACAAUCCGCAAUGCCACCUUGCGCACACUGAUCGACCCUACCACUGCCCAAAGAUUGCUGGAGGCUCAAGCAGCAACAGGUGGCAUCACUGACAUCAGCAACAAAGAAAGAUAUAAAGUUAGCAAGGCGGCACAAAGAGGCCUUAUUGAGGACAGCCAAGUCCAACGGCUGCUUAAUGCAGAGAAAGCUUUCACUGGAGUUGAAGACCCCAUGACCAAAGAGCUUUUGUCUGUGGGAGAAGCUGUUCAGAAAGGCUGGAUGCCAAAAGAUUCAGCUAUUCGUCACAUGGAGGCACAACACCUGACUGGGGGGCUGGUAGAUCCUUCCACUGGUCGUAGAGUCCCCCUCAUAGAUGCCCUUGCAUCCAAAAUGAUUGACAAUUCUAUUGCAAGGAACAUCCAAACUGAGGCAGCCUAUAUCAAAGAUAUUGUGGACCCUAUAACAAAUGAGAAGAUCAACUACAAACAAGCUCUGGAUCGUUGUAAGAAAGACCCAGCAACUGGCUUACCUAUGCUACUCGCCUCUUCCAACUCAAAAUAUGCACGUUUCUAGAAAUGUUUGAAGUUUUCUGAUCUGAAACAUAUUACAGAAAAAUGUUUCUGUAGAAUAUCAAAAGUGCAUGGAGAGUUCAUUGUAUUUACAGGAUAUAUUUUGACACAGGAGAAACUCCAAGUCUUUUGCCAGAACAAAAUAAUUGCUGCUGAGUUGCAUUUGUUUACUGAAAGGUCUCAUGUGGGUGUAUUUGUUUAUCUUUGUUUCAUCUUUAUGGUUUAACUGAAUAUCAUAAACUGGAUAUUUUAUUUGGUUGGGAUAUUGGGACAUGGUGCAAUACUACUUGCUAAAAUUUAAUAAAUUUCUUUCACUCGCUGUUAAACAAGGUUUGAUUGUUUGAAGAAUUACAUAUCAAUAAAAUUAAGUUAUGAUGGUUCAAGAGCA